CGAGAGCGCUCCCUGCCUCCAGCCAACGCGCAAAAAGCGCAAAGUCUGGGAGGGUACAUUUCGCCUUAUCCUAUUCACUGUCCCCUGCUCUCACUCACUCACUCGCUCCCCCUCUCUCUCCCUCUCUACUUCCCAUCUCUUCCUUAAUCCUAUUUGCCAUUGUACGUGCCCAAUCGCCGUAUACUUUCCGCGUUUAACUUGGAUGACAUUUUUAUUUCAUCAUUAGCAUCCGACGCCAGCUUGACGCAGCGACUAGAGCUCUGUUUCCAUCGGGAAUCUCUUCCAAGAUCUGCAAGAUGCAAGAUUAAUCUUACCUUUGUUUUUUUCUACAUUUUCUUUAUUUGAGUGGCAUUGCUUGACUGCUCGUUCGCCGACAGAAUAUCGACUUUUGAAGUCCCACACAACAAACCAUCGGAGGAACCUCGACGACACUCGCCUACAGCUUGCAGGAAGUUGUUUUGUACACGUUUAUAUCGUAGUUGAAGGCGUUAGAGACAACAGCAUACGCGCCGACAUGCCUGAGACGACGCCAGAGACGUGUGCGCCCGCCAAAGAGUCGCCGUUUUUCAUCAAAAACCUGCUGAACUGUGACAGCAAGCCCUCCAAACCCAAGCCGAUGUUUGCGGCAGCGAAAGCCGGACUGGAGGGCGGUUUGUCCCUAUCACAGGUCGGGGACCUGCACUUUCCUCGCUUCGACUUUCCCACACAGAGGUUCGCUCUACCUGCCUACCUUGAGCGGGCAUCGGCUUGGUGGUAUCCAUACACGAUUAGUCCAUCCUCGCACUUCCAAAGAAGCACAGAAGCUGCAGAGAAGGCGAGCGUGAGGGACUCCUCUCCCACUUCGGCGGGCACAGACCGGGACUCCCCAGACCUGGUGCUGAAGGCCGAGCCGGACGCCAAAGAUGACGAUGAUGACAACAAGAGCGCCGACGAGAUCGUGCUGGAGGAGAGUGACACCGAGGACGGCAAGAAGGACGGCGGCAUGGACGACUGGAAGCGCGGGGAGGACGGCUCGGACAAGAAGCCCUGCCGGAAGAAGAAGACGCGGACUGUGUUCUCCCGUAGCCAGGUGUUCCAGCUCGAGUCCACCUUCGACAUGAAGCGCUACCUGAGCAGCUCCGAGCGCGCCGGCCUGGCCGCCUCCCUGCACCUCACGGAGACCCAGGUGAAGAUAUGGUUUCAGAACCGGAGGAACAAGUGGAAGAGGCAACUGGCUGCGGAGCUGGAGGCGGCCAACCUGAGCCACGCGGCGGCUCAAAGGAUUGUGCGAGUGCCCAUUCUCUACCACGAGAACUCGGCCUCAGAGACUGGCAAUGCCCCGGGCUCUGUUCCUGUCAGCCAGCCGCUCCUAACGUUCCCACACCCCGUGUACUAUUCGCACCCAGUCGUUACAUCUGUUCCGCUGCUUAGACCGGUUUGAAUAUGAUUUUACAUACAUUCUUACUUUUUUAUUUUUAAUUUACACGUCAUGAUAACACAGAGCGCCAUAUGAUAUCCACAUGACAGCAAACUAUUUUUGUAACCCAGAGAGUAAAUACAAGAAUUUAGAAGGUUGACAUGGUAUUUCAAUUUA